CGGCGCGGUAGAGCUCCAGGUGACAUUUACAGACAGAACAAGUAAAUUGUCAAGGAAUUCAUACCAUUUAGUACUUGUUAUUUGGAACCAAUUAAAAGUCUUUGAUUUCUCAGAUCAUCUGGCAACAAAAUGAAGAGUAGUGUGGCACAAAUAAAACAUUCUUCUGGUCAUGACAGAAGGGAAAACUACAAUUCAUAUCAGAGGACUUCCUCUCCAGAAGACAGAUAUGCAGAACAAGAAAGAUCUCCUCGGGAUAGAGAUUACUUUGAUUAUAGCAGGUCAGACUAUGAACAUUCAAGAAGAGGACGUUCUUAUGAUAACAGCAUGGAGUCACGAAGUAGAGAUCGAGAAAAACGCAGAGAGAGAGAUGUGGAUCGGAAGAGGUCCCGUAGAACUCCAUCUCCUAGGAGAAGAAGUCCAGAAUCAUCAGUAACCUGGAGUUCCUCUGCUCAGGAUGAACCUACUACAAAAAAGAAGAAAGAUGAGCUGGAUCCUCUCCUUACUCGCACUGGAGGAGCAUAUAUUCCUCCUGCAAAGCUCAGGAUGAUGCAAGAACAGAUUACAGAUAAAAACAGCUUAGCAUACCAGAGAAUGAGCUGGGAGGCCCUCAAGAAGUCAAUCAAUGGUCUUAUCAAUAAGGUCAACAUUUCUAAUAUAGGUAUUAUUAUUCAAGAACUACUUCAAGAAAAUAUAGUUAGAGGAAGGGGUCUCUUGUCCAGAUCUGUUUUGCAAGCACAGAGUGCUUCUCCAAUCUUCACCCAUGUAUAUGCAGCACUGGUUGCUAUUAUCAACUCAAAAUUUCCACAAAUUGGAGAAUUGAUCCUCAAGAGGUUAAUUCUUAAUUUUCGAAAAGGCUAUCGACGAAAUGAUAAGCAACUUUGUCUGACUGCUUCGAAAUUUGUGGCACAUCUUAUUAACCAAAAUGUGGCACAUGAAGUUUUAUGUUUAGAGAUGCUCACUUUGCUUCUGGAAAGACCAACAGAUGAUAGUGUUGAAGUGGCCAUUGGUUUUCUCAAGGAAUGUGGCCUGAAAUUAACACAGGUGUCACCAAGAGGAAUCAAUGCUAUAUUUGAACGCCUUCGAAACAUUCUCCAUGAAUCUGAAAUUGACAAGAGAGUUCAGUAUAUGAUUGAAGUGAUGUUUGCUGUUCGGAAGGAUGGAUUUAAGGACCACCCUGUUAUUCUAGAAGGACUUGACUUAGUAGAAGAAGAUGAUCAGUUCACCCAUAUGCUCCCUCUGGAGGAUGACUAUAAUCCAGAAGAUGUUCUUAAUGUUUUCAAGAUGGAUCCUAACUUUAUGGAGAAUGAAGAGAAGUAUAAAGCUAUUAAGAAGGAAAUUCUUGAUGAAGGAGAUAGUGACUCCAAUACAGACCAAGAUGCUGGAAGUAGUGAAGAAGAGGAGGAGGAAGAAGAGGAAGAGGGAGAAGAAGAUGAAGAAGGUCAAAAAGUAACUAUUCAUGACAAAACAGAAAUUAAUCUAGUCUCCUUUCGUCGUACAAUUUAUCUUGCAAUUCAGUCAAGUUUAGAUUUUGAAGAAUGUGCUCACAAAUUGCUGAAAAUGGAGUUUCCUGAAAGCCAAACAAAAGAACUCUGUAACAUGAUACUUGAUUGCUGUGCUCAACAAAGGACAUAUGAGAAAUUUUUUGGCUUAUUAGCUGGGCGAUUUUGCAUGCUAAAGAAAGAAUACAUGGAAUCCUUUGAAAGUAUAUUCAAAGAACAAUAUGAUACCAUCCAUCGCUUGGAAACAAACAAGUUAAGAAAUGUUGCUAAGAUGUUUGCUCACCUUUUAUAUACUGAUUCACUUCCAUGGAGUGUAAGUAGAUGGGUUCUUGAAUGCAUAAAACUGAGUGAAGAAACUACUACAUCAUCCAGUAGAAUUUUUGUUAAAAUAUUUUUUCAAGAACUGUGUGAAUAUAUGGGUCUUCCUAAACUUAAUGCAAGAUUAAAGGAUGAAACCCUUCAGCCUUUCUUUGAAGGAUUAUUACCCCGAGAUAAUCCAAGAAACACUCGAUUUGCCAUCAAUUUCUUUACAUCUAUAGGACUUGGAGGUUUAACUGAUGAAUUGCGUGAGCAUCUCAAAAAUACACCAAAGGUCAUUGUGGCACAGAAGCCAGAUGUGGAAUCAAAUAAAUCUUCUCCUUCAUCCUCUUCUGCAUCCUCCUCUUCAGAGUCUGAUUCCUCUGCCUCUGAUUCAGACAGUAGUGACAGCAGUUCAGAGUCUUCUAGUGAGGAGACCGAUUCUUCAUCUAGCAGUAGUCAAAGCUCUGCCUCAGAUAAAGAUAGAAGAAGGAAGGGACAAAGGAAGAUCAGAAAUAAAGAAGUAGAUAAAUUUAUAAGGAAAUCACAAGCAAAUGACAGGAAACAUGAAGAAAGAAGACCAGAGCCAAGGCAACAGGAAACCAGGACUGACAGGGAAAGAAAGCCAGAAAAACACAGAGAUAAAAAUUCAAGAGAUCCAAAUUGGAGAGAUUCCAUAACAAAACACUCUUCAGACAGAGGUAUUUCUUCUGAACGAAAUAGUUACAAUAGACCUGUGAAUGACAGAGAACAAGAAAUGCAUGCACACAGAUUUGGAAAAUAA